AGCCCGGCCGCCCGCGCCGCCGCAUGGCGCACGCGCGCGCCGCCUGCGCCUGCGCCGAGGCGAAGGGUGCGGUAACUAACGGCGGGGUGCGGGGUCCGCGCGGGCCGCCAUGGCGUAUUCGGCGUGCUGCAGGGUGGCCGUGGCCUCCUGCCUGGUGCUCUGCCUCUCCCUCCUCCUGCCGCGGACCUUCUUGUCUCGGGGCGGCGGCAGGCAGGAGCCCGGGGCUGCGCCGCUCGCAGCGCCCGCGCCGCCCGAGGGGAAGCUUGGUCGCCUCCCACUGAGGAUGAAUUACCAGGCCACUCCCGACAGCCGAGCUGCUCCUCAUUUUCCAAGGUCUCACCUUGCUGAAGCAGUUGCCAAAGCCAAGGCAGGUGGAGGUGGUGGUGGAAGCACUGGUGGAACUGGGAGAGGUCUUGUGGGGCAAAUCAUCCCUAUAUAUGGAUUUGGCAUCUUCUUAUAUAUCCUGUACAUUUUAUUUAAGUUGGCUUCCAAGGGAAAAACUGUUGCUGGAGAGCGGAAAUGCCCUACUGCUGCACCUGGAAACAUGAAGAGGAAAAUCACUGACUAUGAGCUCACUCAGCUCCAGGAAAAACUGAGAGAGACAGAAGAAGCUAUGGAAAAAUUAAUCAACAGAGUAGGACCUAACUGUCACAGCAGGACUCAGAAUGUUACAACAGACCAGGAGAAAAGGUUACUUCACCAACUCCGAGAAAUUACUAGAGUUAUGAAGGAAGGAAAAUUCAUAGAUGGCAUCUCUCCUGAGAAGGAAGCUGAAGAAGCUCCUUACAUGGAGGACUGGGAAGGUUAUCCAGAAGAGACCUAUCCUGUUUAUGAUAAUUCCGAUUGCUUCAAGCGCAAACGGGACACAAUCCUUGUAGAUUACCCUGACCUGAGCCAGCCCUCUGCAGAAGAACUGGCAGAAAGGAUGGAGGGCAUGGAAGAUGAGGAGCGUCUGUGCAAUGAAACCCUGCUAACUGAUCUCACCAUGGGAAGGGGUGGUCAUGAUUUAAUGCAGAAGAAGGAUGAGGUAACUGGCAUCAGUGAAGAGGCGAGGGACUUUCAUCACAGCCAAAGCAUUGAGGAGUGCUGCUGUUGUUACGAGGAGGAUGAUCCUGCUGUCAUAGCAGAGAAUGCUGGAUUCCAUUGUCAGAGCUGCAGUGAAGCAGAAGAGUCGACCCAAGAGGACCUGUGUGUGGAGUCAGAAAAUGAAAACGCAGCACCGAAAAAGCCAAAAGCCAGUGAUUCAGAUGAAACAGGCAAACUGAGAAAGCGCAACACAAAAGGACUUGAGUAACAGGGACGAUGGUGGAUGUUAUCUAGGUGGUGAAGGAAAAGGUCAUAAACUGUCAUUCGUAUGGGUUUUGUUCCCAGUGAAGACUUCUCUGUGUUCAUCUCCUUGUACCAGUUUCAUUCGCAUGGUAACAAUCAAUCACGUCAUCUGCCUGAACUAGAAGCCAAUGCCCUCUUUCAUGAAGUCUUGUCAUGGCUUACCAUGACAUUGGCAACAGCACUUUUUUCUUGCUUUUUGGAGACUGGUAUCUUGGAGCAGAUUAUUUGUUUCAGGUAUUUGUGAUUCAUUCCUUCCUGAUUCUAAACAAAGAAUCCUCUUUUUUGCCCUUUGUCAUCCCAGUGUUUCCCAAAUGUCUCUUCUGACUAUCUCAAAAACGUCUGUUUGUGUGCUACCAGUUAUGAAAACCAAUCAAAUCCAUAUAUAUUUAUGAGACUACCAGGAAGCUGGAGGAAAACAUAUGCCUUCUUUUUCUUACCUGAAUGGUAACUCAUCAGCAGAACAGACCAUAGCCACAGACGUGACUCUUUCUCAGCUGCGUCAUUGCUGCUGUAAGCCUGAGAAACUGUUGUCACUACAAUCCACAAAACUGAUAUGCUACCCCAACCCAUAGCCCAUUUCCCAGCUUAUUCCAUGCUGCAGGACCAGUAGCCUAAUCUAUGUUGUGUUCCAGGAACAGCAUGAGCAGGACUGAAGCGUUAGGAGUUGUUCUUUGUCUUUGCCAUAGCCAUGGUGAAAUGUCUCGGUGAAACUCCCAGAUGAGUGCAGGAAUCGGACCAUACUUUGUGUUAGAGAGGAACACUAACAAUAUCUUCAGUGAUAAUGAAAAAAAAAAAAAGCAGUGAGGAGGUUUGUCCUUAAAACUAGAAAAUAGAGUGAGGGUGAACCUCAGACUGAAAAGAAACCCCACCACCUCCAGGCCCCAGGAACCUCUCUUGGUGGCCUCCAACAGACUCCUUGCAUGGCAGUGGUACAGUGUCCCAAAGGAUGCCAGGCUCUCUCCUCUCCUCUGCCUCAGGACUCCAUGCAGAGGAAAUGGCACUUCCCAAUGCUCCAGGGGCAGGACUGAAGGACAGAGAAGAAGGGCCCGUGCAACACUUGGCAAUCAGUAAUUCUUUUGUGGAUUGCUGGGAGACCUUGCACAGGAGGGCUGCACCUCCCUCUCCUGCUGGUGGGAUGUCUGGGUGCUUUGCCCCCUCUCAGCUGCUGUUGGGCAGGGGAUGCUGCACCACUUGCAGAGAGCCGGGUCAGUGAGGGGGUCACUGAGGACCCUGGACCCUCCUGGAACACUGUUGAUGCCAUCUGGUCUAGAGGAACCCAAGCACAGGAUGAGGAGGAGGCUGGAGCCCAGGCACCCAAGUGGGUAGGGAGGGCAGUCCCUGUACCCAAGGGGCAGGAGGAGGGCACAGGGGAGCAAUCCCCAGGAAAGGGCCCUUCACUUCAGCCCCCCCAACCCUCAUCCUUCUCUCACAUGAGGCCAUGUCUCAGGCCACAGGCCCCCCAACUCCCAGAACAGCCAUAGCUGGCCACAUGCAUCCCCCUCACAGUGGCCUCCAGGUGUCACAAGACACCUCACUGCCAUUUGUUGCAGGCCCUGUAAACACAGGGACCCCAGCAGUUCACCCACAAUUCGCUGAGCUUUAAGGCCCUCAGGUUCCAGGGAUGCCUGGAAACAAGAGGACCAAGAGCAAAGCAUGUGGAUGUCCAUCUUUGCGUGGCGGGGGAAAAGAUGUGUGGCUGCAGGAACCACAGAGGAAGAGGAGGUGGCUUCAGAUGGUUCGGAGCCCACGGAGAUGGAUCCACCCACAGGUGAAGAAGAACCGAUGGCAGUGGAUCCACCUCCAGCACGGCUGCCCUGGCACCCCUAUGCCAUGCCAGGGCCUCCCUCCAUGACACCAUGGCAGCAGUGUCGCAGAAGUGCCCAGCACUGCAAGAGCACGUGGCCCAGCCUCCGCACCUGCUGUUAGCUGGGAGGCCCAGCCUCCGCACCCAGCCGCCCUGUGGGCUCACCCGCUCCAUCUCCUGGCAUCAGGAACUAUUGUGUCGGUUGCCACGGGUGGUGUGAGCCUUCUUUCCCAUCCCAGCCCUUACCCCUCAUGAAGGGGUGCCACCUCUGCUCUGUGCCCCAGUAAAAGGCAAUGAGACGACCUGGCUUCUGCCAGGGUGCUGUGCUGGGGAGACAGGAGUUGUCCCUCAGAGGGCCACCGAGGUCCCUGGGCCCUGGAGGUGGGGUUUCCUCAGUCUGAGGAUGAGAAGGUUGCCCAAUGAGUGGUUGAAGAUGAAGCCAGUCCCUCCACGGCAGUGCACAAAGAAUAGCAACAGAUCAAGCAAAGAAGUUAGACAGCUGUUCCUUUGGAGAAGCAGAAGAAUGCAGUUGUGCCAGGAAGAAGUGCUGGUCUUCAGCAUUAAGGUCCCUUCUAGCUUCCUCAUUAGAAGUUCUUUUCAAGGUUGGGCAAUAAAAACUUAAAAAAAAAAAACAACCAGAACAGUAAACCAAGAAAAUAACAGUAAAAAUUCUGUCCGCCUCUCUUGUUUGGUACUUCGGCAACUGCAUCUGGACUCCUCUGUCCCCUCCCGGACUCCCCACCCCAGGAAAGACACUGAUGCGUGGGGUGUGGGCCCAGCCCAGGGCCUUUGAGAUGGUGAGGGGCUGGGGCACCUGGCCCACAAGGGCAGGCUGAGGGAACUGCCUCUGGCCAUGAGGUGGUGAGACGCUGGAGCAGGUUUCCCAGUGAAGUUGUGCAUGCACCAUCCCUGGAAGUGUUCAAGGUCAGGCUGGCUGGGGCCUUAAGCAACCUGGUCUAGUGAAAGAUGCCUGUCAGCCUCACCUCUGUGCCUGGGAAUAUCAUAGAGCAGAUCCUUCUACAAGCUAGGAGCGAGCCCAGGAUCACUACCGGGCUCCAGGACUCAUGCCUAUGCCAAAACUUCGGGUUUUUAAACCAUUCAAGAGCCUUCAAGAGAGAAGGUAUGUUGGGGCCUGACAGGAUCCACCUGUCCCAAUGGGGAAAAUGCAUCUUUGGGUGUAAACUGGUGGGACUGCUCGAGAGAGUGUUAAACUUCACAGUGGAGCUGAUAUCCACCUGCAGCCCAUGGAGGACCCCAUGCCAGAGUAGGUGGAUGCCUAAAGGAGGCUGUGACCCUGUGGGAAGCCCUGGCUGAAGCAGGCUCCUGGCAGGACACAUGGAGAGAGGAGCCCACACUGGAGCAGGUUUGCUGGCAGGACUUGUGACCCCCGCAGGGGACCCACGCUGGAGCAGUCUGUUCCUGAAGGCCUGCACCCUACGGAAGGGACACAUGCUGGGGCAGUUCAUGAAGAACUGCAGCCCAUGGGAAGGACUCACGUUGGAGAAGUUCAUGGAGAGCUGUCUCCCAUGGGUGGGAACCCACACUGGAACAGGGGAGGGGUGUGAGGAGUCCUCCCCUUGAGGAGGAAGGAGCAGCAGAAAUAAUGAUGUGAUGAACUAACCACAACCCCCAUUCCCUGUCCCCCUCUGCCACUGGGGGGAGGAGGUAAAGAAAUAGGGAGCAAAGUUAAGCCCAGGAAGAAGAGAGGGAUGUGGGGAAGGUGUUCUUAACAUUUGGUUUUAUUUCUCAUUAUCCUACUCUUAUUUGAUUGGUAAUAAAUUAAAUUUACUUCCCCAA